AAUAGGUGUUUGUUAUACUACGUUUAUCAGAUGCUAUGGAAAGCGUGAAAUAGGGGACAUUUUGGUGCUCUGUGUGUGGGGAAAGCGUCUCAUGUUUAACGGCGUAAAUUGUCCAGGAUAGAGAGACUUUUCACGGGGCUGUGUUAGCGUUGACUCGCCGUGCUAUGGCCGCAGGCGCUGCUGACGCAUUUAAUGCCAUAAACAAAGUUGCCUCUUGACAUCCAUGACGGCUUCAUUUCCUUUUAGCCUCGGCUGGAGUUGUACGGACCGUAUGUUGUGUGUUUUGUAGAAACACGUCAUUUUUAUGUCACGGUUAAAAAAAAAUAUGGACGGGUGGAGCCCUAUCGUUGCAGUAGCUUCAGAUAACGAGCCCUCAAGCUCCGAGGGGGAGUACAUGGUGGAGCCCGGACACGACGAUGGAGCCCGGGAGGCGUCGGACAGGGAGCAGCGGGGCACCGGGGACAGGAUGGACGACGGGGGCACUGCUGGUGUCGGUUUUGGGAUAAGUGGUAUCGGCGAGGGCAAAGUGGUGCUGGGUCGAGUCGGACAGAGAGAAGACAAAGAGCUCAGGUACCUGCACUUGUUGUGGGAGCCGGGGCGAGCGGAGCACGGUGACCCCGGCGGGGGAGCGAGCAGGCUGGGGAAGAUGACAGGGAGCAGGGCCAGGCGACACAACAGAGCCGCGCGGAGCCUGGCUCCUCUUGGUAAAGAUAUUUUUGCUGUGAAAAGACUGAGGGAUGCAGCGAACAGCAACGACAUCGACACAGUGAGAAAGCUCCUGCAAGAUGACACAGACCCCUGUGUAGCAGACGACAAGGGAAGGACAGCUCUUCAUUUCUCUUCCUGCAAUGGCAAUGAGAGCAUUGUGCAAUUGCUGCUGAGCCACGGCGCUGACCCAAACCAGCGAGACAGUCUGGGAAACACCCCCCUCCACCUGGCGGCCUGCACUAACCAUGUGCCUGUCAUCACCACAUUGCUGAGAGGAGGCGCCCGUGUGGACGCCCUCGACCGCGCAGGCAGGACCCCGCUGCAUCUAGCUCGCUCCAAGCUCAACAUUCUGCAGGAGGGAGAUUCUCGCAGCUUAGAGACCCUGAGAGGGGAAGUCACACAGAUUAUUCAGAUGCUGAGGGAAUACUUGAACUUAAUGGGCCAGAGUGAAGCUAAAGAGAGGCUGGAGCACAUUUCCACACAGCUGCAGCACACACGGACCAAAGAACAGGUGGAUGAAGUGACAGAUUUAUUGGCCAGUUUUACAUCGCUCAGUCUACAGAAACAGAAUCUGGGGGAUAGAUAGAAGAUGUUCUACAGAGAGACAACUAAAGCCAUGUUCUAUUUGCUGCAAGCCUCUGUCUCACAGGCAAACCUGGACCUUGAUGCUGUGCUUUUCUGUCCAUAUUCCAAACAGCGUAUUUAUUUACCUACUCAUUUGAACCCAGAUAAGACUUUAGUAAAUUAUUGCUACCUUGGUUUAAAAAAAUACAGUGGCUAGUGCUGUAGUGUAGAAGAUAACGUUCUGCUUUUCUGAAAAAGGUUAAAAGAAACCCCCUGAGGACAAAAGACGUUCAGAACAGGAAGCUUGUGCAGCAGAAGCUAAUCCUGUACAGUUGGGACCAUGGCUUGUGUGUGCUUGUGUGUGUGUGAUGUUUUUGAGCUGACAAAUUCUCACGUUUCCUGCCAUUAUUACUCAACUCUCUGAUCUUUUUUGAGAUAUUGAUCAGGUUUCACUUUUGUCAUUUAGGUUUUCUUUUUUUGCUCUAUCUUUGGAUCACAAUGGCCUUGCAUGUCAUGUCUGUGUGUGAACCGUAAUGUAAAAAAAAAUUGAUGUGGUUGUUAUUGGCAAUGGAUUCAUGUGAAUCAAUAAAUCAGUGUAUUUGUCUA